AUGCCAUCCUUUCCUCUUCCUUCUUUUUCUUUCUCUUUCUUUCUUAUUUAUAUCUCCUUCCUUCUUUCUUUCUUUCUUUCUUUCUUUCUUUUCUUUCGUCAUCAUGCCAUCCUUUCAAAUCUUCCACUUUUCAUUCUCUUUCUUUCUGCAGAUAUCACCUUCAUUCUUCCUUUCUUUCUUUCUUUCUUUCUUUCGUCAUCAUGCUAUCCUUUCAAAAUCUCCUUCUUUUUUCAUUCUCUUUUUCUUAUUUAUAUCUCCUUCCUUCCUUCUUUCUUCCUUUUCCUUUCUUUCUUUCGUCAUCAUGCCUUUCUUUCAGAAAUCUUCCUUCUUUUCAUUCUCUUUCUUUCUUUAUAUCUCCUUCCUUCUUUCUUUUCUUUCUUUCUUUCUUUCACUUUCUUUCUUUCUUUCUUUUUCUUUCGUCAUCAUGCCAUCCUUUCACUCUUCCUUCUUUUCAUUCUCUUUUCUUAUUUAUAUCACCUUCAUUCUUCCUUUCUUUCUUUCUUUCUUUCCUUUCGUCAUCAUGAAAAUCCUUUCACUUUCCUUCUUUUCAUUCUCUUUUUUCUUUUUUAUAUCUUUCCUUCCUUCUUUCUUCCUUUCUUUCUUUCUUUCGUCAUCAUGCCAUUCUUUCUUUCCUUCUUUUCAUUCUCUUUCUUUCUUAUUUAUAUCUCCUUCCUUUUUUCUUUCUUUUCUUUCUUUCAUCAUCAUGCCAUCCUUUCCUCUUCCUUCUUUUCAUUCUCUUUCUUUCUUAUUUAUAUCUCCUUCCUUCUUUCUUUCUUUCUUUCUUUCGUCAUCAUGCCAUCCUUUCCUCUUCCUUUCUUUUCAUUCUCUUUCUUUUUUUUUAUCUCCUUCCUUUCUUUCUUUCUUUCUUUCUUUCUUUCGUCAUCACUGCAGAAAUCACUCUUCCUUCUUUUCAUUCUCUUUCUUUCUUAUUUAUAUCUCCUUCCUUCUUUCUUUCUUUCUUUCUUUCUUUAUAAAUCAUGCCAUCCUUUCACUCUUCCUUCUUUUCAUUUCUUUCUUUCUUAUUUAUAUCUCCUUCCUUCUUUUUUCUUUCUUUCUUUCUUUCUUUCGUCAUCAUGCCAUCUUUUCCUCUUCCUUCUUUUCAUUUUCUUUUUCUUAUUUAUAUCUCCUUCCUUUCAAAUUCUUUUUCUUUCUUUUUUUUAUUUAAGGCUUUCGUCAUCUUGCCAUCCUUUCACCUCUUCCUUCUUUUCAUUCUCUUUCUUUCUUAUUUAUAUCUCCUUCCUUUCUUUCUUUCUUUUUUCUUUCGUCAUCAUGCCAUCCUUUCACUCUUCCUUCUUUUCAUUCUCUUUCUUUCUUAUUUAUAUCUCCUUCCUUUCUUUCUUUCUUUCUUUCUUUCUUUCUUUCGUCAUCAUGCCAUUCUUUCCUCUUCCUUCUUUUCAUUCUCUUUCUUUCUUAUUUAUAUCUCCUUCCUUCUUUCUUUCUUUAAAUCUUUCUUUCUUUCGUCAUCAUCAUGCCAUCCUUUCCUCUUCCUUCUUUUCAUUCUCUUUCUUUCUUAUUUAUAUCUCCUUCCUUCUUUCUUUCUUUCUUUCUUUCUUUCGUCAUCAUGCCAUCCUUUCACUUUCCUUCUUUUCAUUCUCUUUUUUUUUAUUCUCUUUCCUUCUUUCUUUCUUUCUUUCUUUCUUUCGUCAUCAUAUCCAUCCUUUCUUUCUUCCUUCUUUCUUUCUUUCUUUCUUUCUUUCUUUCUUUCUCUUUCAUUCUUUCUUUCUUUCUUUCCUUCUUUUUCAUUUCUCUUUCUUUCUUAUUUAUUUCUCUCUUCCUUCUUUUCAUUCUUUUUUCUUUCUUUCUUUCUUUCUUUCUUUCAUCUUUCUUUCUUUCUUUCUUUUCCUUCUUUUCAUUCUCUUCCAUCUUUUCUUAUUUAUAUCUCCUUUUAUUCUUUCUUUCUUUCUUUCUUUCUUUCUUUCUUUCGUCAUCAUGCCAUCCUUUCACUCUUCCAUCUUUUCAUUCUCUUUCUUUCUUAUUUAUAUCUCCUUCCUUAUUUCUUUGUUUCUUUCUUUAUUUCGUCAUCAUGCCAUCCUUUCAUUCUUCCUUCUUUUCAUUCUCUUUCUUUCUUAUUUAUAUCUCCUUCCUUCUUUCUUUCUUUCUUUCUUUCUUUCGUCAUCAUGCCAUCCUUUCAUUCUUCCUUCUUUUCAUUCUCUUUCUUUCUUAUUUAUAUCUCCUUCCUUCUUUCUUUCUUUCUUUCGUCAUCAUGCCAUCCUUUCACUCUUCCUUCUUUUCAUUCUCUUUCUUUCUUAUUUAUAUCUCCUUCCUUCUUUCUUUCUUUCUUUCUUUCUUUCUUUCGUCAUCAUGCCAUCCUUUCACUAUUCCUUCUUUUCAUUCUCUUUCUUUCUUAUUUAUAUCUCCUUCCUUCUUUCUUUCUUUCUUUCUUUCUUUCUUUCGUCAUCAUGCCAUUCUUUCACUCUUCCUUCUUUUCAUUCUCUUUCUUUCAUAUUUAUAUCUCCUUCCUUCUUUCUUUCUUUCUUUCUUUCUUUCUUUUUCUUUCGUCAUCAUGCCAUCCUUUCACUCUUCCUUCUUUUCAUUCUCUUUCUUUCUUAUUUAUAUCUACUUCCUUCUUUCUUUCUUUCUUUCUUUCUUUCAUUCGUCAUCAUGCCAUUCUUUCACUCUUCCUUCUUUUCAUUCUCUUUCUUUCUUAUUUAUAUCUCCUUCCUUCUUUCUUUCUUUCUUUCUUUCUUUCGUCAUCAUGCCAUCCUUUCACUUUUCCUUCUUUUCAUUCUCUUUCUUUCUUAUUUAUAUCUCCUUCCUUCAUUCUUUCUUUCUUUCUUUCUUUCUUUCGUCAUCAUGCCAUCCUUUCACUUUCCUUCUUUUCAUUCUCUUUCUUUCUUAUUUAUAUCUCCUUCCUUCUUCCUUUCUUUCUUUCUUUCUUUCUUUCGUCAUCAUGCCAUCCUUUCAUUCUUCCUUCUUUUCAUUCUCUUUCUUUCUUAUUUAUAUCUCCUUCCUUCUUUCUUUCUUUCUUUCUUUCUUUCUUUCGUCAUCAUGCAAUCCUUUCACUUUUCCUUCUUUUCAUUCUCUUUCUUUCUUAUUUAUAUCUCCUUCAUUCUUUCUUUCUUUCUUUCUUUCUUUCGUCAUCAUGCCAUCCUUUCACUCUUCCUUCUUUUCAUUCUCUUUCUUUCUUAUUUAUAUCUCCUUCCUUCUUUCUUUCUUUCUUUCUUUCUUUCUUUCGUCAUCAUGCCAUCCUUUCACUCUUCCUUCUUUUCAUUCUCUUUCUUUCUUAUUUAUAUCACCUUCAUUCUUCCUUUCUUUCUUUCUUUCUUUCUUUCGUCAUCAUGCUAUCCUUUCACUCUUCCUUCUUUUCAUUCUCUUUUUUCUUAUUUAUAUCUCCUUCCUUCCUUCUUUCUUCCUUUCUUUCUUUCUUUCGUCAUCAUGCCAUUCUUUCACUCUUCCUUCUUUUCAUUCUCUUUCUUUCUUAUUUAUAUCUCCUUCCUUCUUUCUUUCUUUCUUUCUUUCAUCAUCAUGCCAUCCUUUCACUCUUCCUUCUUUUCAUUCUCUUUCUUUCUUAUUUAUAUCUCCUUCCUUCUUUCUUUCUUUCUUUCUUUCGUCAUCAUGCCAUCCUUUCACUCUUCCUUCUUUUCAUUCUCUUUCUUUUUAUUUAUAUCUCCUUCCUUCUUUCUUUCUUUCUUUCUUUCGUCAUCAUGCCAUCCUUUCACUCUUCCUUCUUUUCAUUCUCUUUCUUUCUUAUUUAUAUCUCCUUCCUUCUUUCUUUCUUUCUUUCUUUCUUUCGUCAUCAUGCCAUCCUUUCACUCUUCCUUCUUUUCAUUCUCUUUCUUUCUUAUUUAUAUCUCCUUCCUUCUUUCUUUCUUUCUUUCUUUCUUUCUUUCGUCAUCAUGCCAUCCUUUCACUCUUCCUUCUUUUCAUUCUCUUUCUUUCUUAUUUAUAUCUCCUUCCUUCCUUCUUUCUUUUUUCUUUCUUUUCGUCAUCAUGCCAUCCUUUCACUUCCUUCUUUUCAUUCUCUUUCUUUCUUAUUUAUAUCUCCUUCUUUCUUUCUUUCUUUCUUUCUUUCUUUCUUUCGUCAUCAUGCCAUCCUUUCACUCUUCCUUCUUUUCAUUCUGUUUCUUUCUUAUUUAUAUCUCCUUCCUUCUUUCUUUCUUUCUUUCUUUCGUCAUCAUGCCAUCCUUUCACUCUUCCUUCUUUUCUUUCUUUCUUCCUUCCUUCCUUGCUUCUUUCCAUUCUUUCUUUCUUUAUUUUUUUCUUCAUUCAUUCCUUAUUUUUCCCCUACGUCUUUUUCUUUUCUCCUUAUCUCCUACGAUUAGUUUUCAUAAUUUUAUUUACUAG